AUGAAGAAAAGCCCUCCAGAUAGUCGCAGACGCCGUGCCAAACCCCGGACAGUAUCUGCCCCAAACAACCGUUCACGAGCCCAUCUUAAUGGUCCGUUCGAGGCUAGAAAGAGACCCAUCUUACAGCCUAUCGCCAACGCCUCUACAGGCACAGAGAAGCGAGCAGCACCACAGAAAGAUCUCACAACGUUUACCAAUACAGACAGCGAAAUUGCGCUAGGGUAUGAGUCAGACAUUAAGGAGUCUCACGAGUCUACCAUCACCAAAGCAAAGCCGUCGACUUCCGAGACCUACCACAAGGAUAAUAUCCUCUUUGGACCAGCUUGGCUCAAAGAGAUAUAUGACGGCUACAUUGCCGAAGAAAAGAGACUGCAAGAGACACUCGCCGCUUUGGAGCAUGAUAUCAUGGUCACCAGGGAAAGGAAUGUGAGGCUCGAGCGUGAGCUUACGGCGAAGCUUGAGAAACUCUGCGCGGACGAUGUUGAGUGA